AUGGAGUCCGCCGGGAUCCAUGAGACCACCUACAACUCCAUCAUGAAGUGCGACAUUGACAUCCGCAAGGACCUCUACGCCAAUAAUGUCCUGUCCGGCGGCACCACCAUGUACCCCGGGAUCGCUGACCGCAUGCAGAAGGAGAUCACCGCCUUGGCCCCAAGCACCAUGAAGAUCAAGAUCAUUGCUCCCCCUGAGAGGAAAUACUCCGUCUGGAUCGGGGGAUCCAUCCUGGCCUCCCUGUCCACCUUCCAGCAAAUGUGGAUCACCAAGCAGGAGUACGACGAGGCCGGCCCCUCCAUCGUGCACAGGAAAUGCUUCUGAGCUCUCUGCCAUGCAGCCUCAUCUUGCCGGGGUCCUGGCCCUUCCCUGUUCCCAUUGCCUCUGUCCAGCCUUAUCAAAGCACGCACCUGCCAUCUUUUCCACCUGAGCUGCUGCCCCGCCUCUGGCCACGGGGAAGGGAGACUCCUUCCUCUGGCUCUUGGCGGUGUCAUCGCCAGUGGCCUCCCCUCGUGCACCUGUCUCCACCAUAACUCUGGCAAGGGAGCGGGGAAAGGCAAGUGGUCUUUCUGGGAAAGGGAAACAACCUAUUUUCAAUAUCACAAUAAAGUGUUGGAAAG